CACAGUUGCAGUCGGAACGGAACCGUUUGCAAAUCCAACGGCUUAAUUUAACUUUUCAUAGCCUCAACGAAAGCCAGUGGUUAGUUCACUUUCGUCUAAUUUUAACGUCGAUCGCGGGGUCAAUUUUACUCGAUUUAAACUCUACUAAAAAUUUAGAAAAUUCGAAGGAAACAAAAGAAAAAAUGGCACACCUACGAGAUACUUUUACUUCGGUCAGUCAUAGCCAUUUCACGUGGCCAUAUCCAAUGCCAGUUUUGGUAAAACCCAGCCAACCACCUCGGCGAACAGGCAAUCGCUUGUAUGAGAAAAUAAGUGCUCCGGACGAUUGCGAUUGCGAAGCUCAAGAUUUCCAAAGAGACAUCGCCAGAUAUAAACAGCUGGCAGAGAAGGAACGUCAGAUGCAGAAUGAAGUCUAUCAAAUGAAUUGCGAAAUGUCAGACCUCGUAUCGUCUCUUGUGGACAAGUAUAAUUUGGACGACGCAGUAAUGAAGAGUGUUUAUCAAAUAGAUUACGAAAAACGAGGAAUUCCAAUAGCGAAAUACAGACCUCUCAUGGCAGCAGUCGAUUCUCCGGUUGGCUCACCCAUUCAGCCUGUCGUAACUGAACUUCGUGAUGGCUGCAGAGAACCAUCGAGAUUUCGUUACAGUGCUAUUGAGAGACCAACUAUCCAGCCAGCUACACCUGUUAAUUUUCAAAGAAUCCCAGAAUCGUGUUUCACGUGGGAAGAACCGGUAAUGGGUCAAUCAGAAUACGUAAACGGAACCAGCAAAUUGGCCGAUAUUAACAUGAAAAGUCGACAACAAUAUCUCGAGCCUCGGCCAUCGUCAAGAAGACGCCGUGGCGGACCGUGAUUCUCUACAGAAUAAUUGAUGUAUUGUAGCCACUUGGAAAAUAAACGAAACAAACGAC